UCUUAAAAGAGGCUGCAGAAGAACAAAGGGGGAUCUUUUGGAAGAGACUGAAGAUGAAUGGGCGUGGUCCUGAAGUCGUGGAGCGUGGAAGCCAGGGAGAAUUCUGGGAAAGAGCCAGACAGACGUUUUUGGCAGAAGAUACCAUCAGCUCGCAUGUCCAGUACCAACACUUCAGGCAGUUCCGCUACCAGGAGGCCGAGGGGCCCCGAGAGGUUUGCAGCCGACUCCACCAUCUUUGCCAUCAGUGGCUGAAGCCGGAUAGGCACAGCAAGAAGGAGAUCCUGGACCUGGUGAUUCUGGAGCAGCUCCUGGCCGUCCUGCCUCCAGCAAUGGAGAGCUGGGUCAGGGAAUGUGGGCCCGAGACCAGUUCCCAGGCAGUGGCCCUGGCAGAAGGCUUCCUCCUGAGCCAGGCGGAGCAGGAGCAGGGCCUUUCAGUGGGAAUAGCCAGCAAACUCCCUAAGGCAGAGAAGGCUCGAUCAGGCACCAAACAGAGGCCGCACUCCAGGAGAGUCGCACAGGAGGCUAACCAAGGCAUCACCUCACUGGGCUGGGACACGGUGCCAGCAAAACCAACAAGGUCAUCUUUUCUUGGUGGUCUAGAGGACGCAACUUUAGUGCCAGAUCAGGGCCUGGUGACUUUUGAGGAGGUGUCUGUGCAUUUCACCGAGGAGGAGUGGGCCCUGCUGGAUCCGGGCCAGAAAGACCUCCAUUGGGAAGUCAUGUUAGAGAAUUUUGCCAAUGUGACCUGUCGAGCAGGUGACAGGUGGGUGAGUGGGCACCAGGGAGAUCCAAUUGGGACAUUGCUGGAAACAACCAGAUGUAAAGAAGUAGAUGAACAGACAAAGAAAACUGAAGUGAAACAGAAGAGGAGGACUGUAUCCACACUUCAGAAUGGUGGCUGUGAAGAAAUCCCACUCCAAAGGAAAAAGUCCACGAGGAAUGAAAGGAGUAAAUGCCCCAUGUGUGGGAAAAGCUUCACACGAAAAUCUGGCCUUAAUCUUCACUGGACAAUACACACAGGGGAGAAACCUUUUAAAUGCUCUGAGUGUGGGAAGAGCUUCAGACGACGGGAUAAACUUAUUAGACACCAAGGAAUCCACACAGGAGAGAAACCAUUUGCAUGCCUACAGUGUGGCAAGAGCUUCAGAGACAGAAUAAAUCUUAUUUCGCAUAUAAGAAUCCACACAGGGGAGAAACCGUAUCAAUGCCUAGAGUGUGGGAAAAACUUCACCUGGAGAAAAACCCUGAUUUACCAUCAAAGAAUCCACACAGGAGAGGAACCAUAUAAAUGCAUGGAGUGUGGAAAGAGCUGCAGUACAGGCUCAGACCUUACAAGGCAUCAAAGAAGCCACACGGGGGAUAAGCCGUUUAAAUGUCUGGUGUGUGGAAAGAAGUUCACUCGGAACACAAACCUUAUAUCGCAUCACAAAAUGCACACGGGGGAACAACCAUAUAAAUGCUUCGAUUGUGGAAAGUGUUUUAGUCAAAGUCCUGCCCUUACUAGGCAUCAGCGAAUCCACACAGGGGAGAAACCAUAUAAAUGUUCAGAGUGUGGAAAGAGCUUCAAUCUAAGCACAACUCUUACUAGACAUCAAAGAGUCCACACAGGGGAGAAACCUUAUCAGUGCUCAGAGUGUGGCAUGAGCUUCACUUGGAGCUCAACGCUGACUUCGCAUCAAAGAAUCCACACAGGGGAAAAACCGUAUCAGUGCCCAGAGUGUGGAAAGACUUUCAGCAACAGAAAAAGGCUAACUUCCCAUCAGCAAAUACACAAGGAUGAGGAUCCCAUAAAUCCUAGAAAUUCGCAGGGCAUAACAAAAGCAUCGGGUGGAACACAGAUUUUCUCAUCAAGGAAUUCACACAAAAGCAUAUAAAUAGAGUGGUUCCCCACCCCUGAACAAUCAUACCUCGACUAGUCUUAAGGGAUCUUUUAUACAAUGGGUUCUUUCUUUGCCCAAAGCAAGUGCUUUGAAAACAGCUCUUAGACUCUCUCUUUCCAUUCUGUAAACCAUCCUGACUCUAUGUUGCAUCUUAAUGUGAUGU